UUCCUCCACCUUAAAUCCACUCUCAACUGCAUCUUCCAGUUUUACAAACUCUCCCUCCAGCUCUCAUCCAUGGCUUCUGUUUCUUUCCACUUUCUUAUGUUCUGUUCGAUCCUUCUACCAAUCACCUUCCCCAUCACUUCACAGGCCUCGUUCAGGCCCAAGGCACUCGUCCUUCCAGUCACCAAGGACUCCUCAACUCUCCAAUACCUCACCACCCUGCACCAGAGAACCCCCUUGGUCCCUGUCAAGCUGACCCUCGACCUCGGCGGAAAAUUCCUCUGGGUCGACUGCAACCGAGGCUACACGUCCUCCUCCUACAGCCCGGCUCGGUGCCGUUCUGCCCCGUGCUCCCUCGCGGGGUCCAAGAUCUGCAUCAGCUGCUUCGCCGGGCCCUUGCCCGGUUGCAACAACAACACCUGCGGCCUCUCCCCGGACAACACUGUGACCCGCACCUCUACGGACGGGGAGGUGGCCCAAGAUGUCGUGGCAGUGCGGUCCACCAACAGGUCGAGCCCGGGCCCGAUCGUCUCGGUGCCCAAGUUCCUUUUCACCUGUGGGGCCACGUUUCUCCUACAGGGCCUGCCCAGAGGGGUCGAGGGGAUGGCAGGGUUAGGGAGGACUAGGAUUUCACUUCCAUCUCAAUUCUCAGAUUCCUUCAGCUUCGACAGGAAGUUCGCCAUUUGCUUGAGCUCAUCCUCAAGCUCCAGCGGAGCUGCAUUCUUCGGUGACGGGCCCUACAUGAUGCUUCCUGGGAUUGAUGUCUCGAAGUCUCUCAUCUACACUCCGCUGAUCAUCAACCCGGUAAGCACUGCAUCGUCUUACUUCGCUGGUGAGCCCUCAACGGAGUACUUCAUCGGGGUCAACUCCAUAAAAGUCAACGGGAAACAAGUCCCGUUAAACGCAUCGCUGCUGAGCAUCGGCAAAGAAGGCAAAGGGGGCACCAAGAUCAGCACUGUGAACCCGUACACCGUGAUGCAGACCUCGAUCUACAAGGCCGUGGUCGGCUCAUUCGUGAAGGAGCUCUCGCAAGUCCCGAGGGUCGCGCCAGUGAAGCCCUUCGGGGCAUGCUUUGACUCGAGUGGCAUCGCGAGCACGAGGGUCGGGCCGGGCGUGCCGCAGAUUGACCUGGUGCUGCAAAGUAGCAGCGUGGUUUGGACGAUGUUCGGGGCUAAUUCGAUGUUGCAAGCGAAGGAGGGUGUGCUGUGCUUGGCGUUUGUGGAUGGAGGGUUGAGUCCAGUGACUUCGAUAGUGAUCGGAGGGCAUCAACUGGAGGACAACCUGUUGCAGUUUGAUCUGGCCGCAUCAAGGCUUGGGUUCAGCUCUUCUCUCCUCUUCAGGCAAACCACCUGCUCAAACUUCAACUUCACAACUAAUGCUUAGUGGGAUCCCACCAUGAAUUUCUUUUCUUUCUU